GCAGCCUUUAGCCAUCCUUAACUAAUCCAACUGCUUCCCAGUUCCGCGGGUGCUGGGCUUAGUGCUGAGAAGCGAUUUCGCCUCUUGAUUUUGCCAGGUUAAACACUAAGACUGUGUCCAUGUUAGAACUCAUAGAAGUUAAUGGAACCCCUGGUAGUCAGCUGUCUACUCCGCGCUCGGGCAAGUCGCCAAGCCCAUCACCCACCAGCCCGGGAAGCCUGCGGAAGCAGAGGAGCUCUCAACAUGGAGGCUCCUCUACUUCGCUUGCAUCCACCAAAGUCUGCAGCUCAAUGGACGAGAAUGAUGGACCCGGAGAAGAAGUGUUGGAGGAAGGCUUCCAGAUUCCAGCCACAAUAACAGAACGGUAUAAAGUCGGAAGAACAAUAGGGGAUGGAAAUUUUGCUGUUGUCAAGGAAUGUGUAGAAAGGUCAACUGCUAGGGAGUAUGCUCUGAAAAUUAUCAAGAAAAGCAAAUGUCGAGGCAAAGAGCACAUGAUCCAGAACGAGGUAUCUAUUUUAAGAAGAGUGAAGCAUCCCAAUAUUGUUCUUCUGAUCGAAGAGAUGGAUGUGCCAACAGAACUGUAUCUUGUCAUGGAAUUAGUAAAGGGAGGAGACCUCUUUGAUGCCAUUACUUCCACUAACAAAUACACUGAGCGAGACGCCAGUGGGAUGCUGUACAACCUGGCCAGCGCCAUCAAAUACCUGCAUAGCCUGAACAUCGUCCACCGGGACAUCAAGCCAGAGAACCUCCUGGUGUACGAACACCAAGAUGGCAGCAAAUCGCUGAAGCUGGGUGACUUUGGACUGGCCACCAUUGUAGACGGCCCCCUGUACACAGUCUGUGGCACUCCAACAUAUGUGGCUCCAGAAAUCAUCGCAGAGACUGGAUAUGGCCUCAAGGUGGACAUCUGGGCAGCUGGUGUAAUCACUUACAUCCUGCUGUGUGGCUUCCCUCCAUUCCGCGGAAGUGGUGAUGACCAGGAGGUGCUUUUUGAUCAGAUUUUGAUGGGGCAAGUGGACUUUCCUUCUCCGUACUGGGAUAACGUUUCCGAUUCUGCCAAGGAGCUCAUUACCAUGAUGCUGUUGGUCGAUGUCGAUCAGCGAUUUUCAGCUGUGCAGGUCCUCGAGCACCCUUGGGUUAAUGAUGACGGCCUCCCAGAAAACGAACAUCAGCUGUCAGUAGCUGGAAAGAUAAAGAAGCAUUUCAACACAGGCCCCAAGCCGAAUAGCACAGCAGCCGGAGUUUCUGUCAUAGCAACCACCGCUCUUGAUAAGGAGGGGCAGGUUUUCCGACGAAGACGCAACCAGGAUGUGAGGAGCCGGUACAAGGCCCAGCCAGCUCCGCCUGAACUCAACUCGGAAUCGGAAGACUACUCCCCAAGCUCAUCUGAGACUGUUCGCUCCCCAAACUCGCCCUUUUAAUAAGACCCUUUUACUCGAAGUCCUAGCUUAGCCCUUUGAGACUCUGAGACUUUUUUCCAAAUUUAUGUAAAAUGGUUUCAUCUGAUCUAUCUAGCACUCAAUGCUUGAAUGGCAGAACAGAAAGUGUGUUUUCUGGUAUCUUUGGAGCGAUUUCUCUUUGCUGAAUGAGAUGCCCAUAUGUUGUUUGCGAAGAUGGCAACUUGCUGCUAACAGGGUCCUCAAAGGGUUAAGGCUAAUUUGCAACUUUUUUAAACAUAGAAGCAAUGAAUGUGUUCAUCAGUCAAACUAGGAUCUGCAGUAUGUAAUAUAGCAUAUGUUAACCCUCUGAGUGCAUAGGAUUUUAUGGAGAGCCCCCGGGGAAUUUUUCAGGCCUCUGGAUGUGUACACACGUUUCUUGAUUUUGCUGCAGAUCAAGGGAUGUUAUUAGACGCUGAGAUGUCCAGACGAGAAGGACAUCUAGAACGAUAUCUUGCUUGUCAUUUUUUUGUGGGUUUAGAAUAUAGCAGGCUUAUAACUUAGUACAUAAGAUCUCUCUUUCACAAUCCCAUUACGAAAGGGACUUUUUCAUUCGAGGUAGGACUGUCAGCUCCCGCGAGCCCUGCAUCCCAAGUGGAGGCAGCUGGGUCUGAGGCAAAACAGCCGGACCCAGGAAAUAGAUGGCACCCCCUUCCCCCAAAUUGUCUCCAUAUGAAGAUGGGCUGAUGAUGUCCCAGAAAUGCUGCUUCCACAUCAGCUGCUGCUAGUGCCAGCGCAGACCCUCGGAGAUCACCACAUCUCGUCUUGUGCUUGGUGAAUGAGGGUCUGCCUGCUCAGGACGAGACAUCUACAGGAAUAAAAACAACUGGUGGGAAAGAGCAAUAAAUUGCCAGGUGCUCUAUAGGGCUGGGAUUUCAACCAGAAAGAAGAAACAAGAUCCUGUUCUUUUUCUCACCUGCUUUUCAUGCACUGCAGUCUUCAGUGUGAAAUCAAUGUAGAGUAUGAAAUCCAUACACAGGAGUCCGGGGGCCCAGGGGACUAGAAGCAAGUGCUUUGCAAGGUAGCCAGGGAGAAAGCACAAGGGAAAGCACAAUCCAGAAUGUUCUAAAAAUGGGCUUUAAGAAAACAAACCGUUGGUAAGAGAAUUCCAUGUGCACCUUUAGGUUACCUAUGUACAGUCUCCCAGGAAGAACAGGAUAGAAGACCUAGAAGAUACCCCUAAGAAUGAAACUGCUGUUCCCCAAGGUGAUGUUUUAAUACCACGGUCUUUAGCUGUCCAGAGAGACAUAUUGUUUUUCUCCCUUUGAGCCAAGUCCUGUCUGAGACCUGUGUUUUCACUCCUGUUACCAAACCUUUCUCACAACCCAGCCCUGUUUCCCCCGUGAGUUUCUUCUGGAAUGUGUCCCAUUUAGGAACGGGGACUGUGACUUCCGGUGUGUCACUGCAGUGCUUAGAGAAGACGCUAGCCAUGGUGUCUUGGAGGCAGGGGUCCAACUCAAAUGUCCCGCUAAGGUUUGCUCAGCAGUGUGGUCCAGGAGACAACCAGUGAGAGUGUCAUGAAAUUUGCACCUGGAGGGCUGAACAGCACUUAUUGUCUCUGUUUUGAAUAUACUUCAGUAUCUGAACGUCUUGAAAUUUGUAUAGUCAGUUCCUUAUUUUCAAAUACACAUUGGUCUUCAAUUGCUGCUUUUCACUCUUCAACCCAUAAAGUAUGGUCUGUAUUGAUAUGUAUUUUAAAAUCACAACAUGUCAUAGCUUUUGCAACGGAAUGUCCCUAAUAUUUUGCUCUUCCACAUUUUGGUUUAUCAAUUUGGUCUGCGUUGUCCUGACAUGUAAACAGUAGAUUAUUUAUUGAGAAUCCCCACCCCACCCCCCAUUUAGAGAGUUCUGGAAUGAUAGUGUACAUAUCACAGAGUAGCACAAAUCAGUUGGGUUUGGGAUGGGGGAGGGGAGGACCAAAUGCCAGGAAGGGUGUUGGUGUAUAGAUAGACUCCAUAUUAGUAAAAUACCUUGAACUGGUCAGAAACUGCUGCUCUCUCUAGACCUAUAAAGCAAAGCACUAUUCUGAGACUAAGGAGUAGCUAUAUAAGUUGGCCUCAACUUUAAAUGUGUGAAUAUGAAGAAUCCUAUGGGCAGAGACCUACCUGCAAUACACUGUCACUUUCGUUUCUUUCUCAGAAUUACUGUUUUUCCCAUGGGCGUUGCAUAUAUUGCUACAGCAUCUAUGUACAGAGCGACAGUGCAAGGCUCAGGCCUUUUUCCAUCCAAGUCUAGGUGGACUGUGGGCUCUGCAAAGCUGUGGAGUGUCUCCUGGCACGCUGCAGACGGGCAGCGUGGAGGAAUGCAGGGCCCAUUUAACAUGGGGGUCCCAGUGCAUCGCUGUAGAAUUUGAGUGAUUUAGGCUGAAUAAAGAGUGGAAUGUGACCUGUCAAGUAGAAAUAUUGAGUAAUCAGAUGGAAUGCAAUCUUUAGCAUUAAGCUAUUGAGAUUCUGAAUGUCAGAGAUGUACUCAGAGGGUUAACAGACAAGCACAAGGCAUGCUGAUUACAUUGGUGUAUCCAGACUGCUUUGCUUUUAGCCAGUGCUUUCUAAUUUUUUUCACAACAUUCUUGGGAUAGUUCAAGUUUGAAAUAAUUAAGUGGUGGUGUUCUUUAAGGAAUUUCUAUAACCAAAUUGAUCUUAUUUUUUAUUUUACUUUAUCAUAGAAUAAAUAUGUACCAUUAUGGCAGUGUAUCUCUGUAAUUAUCAACUUAAAUCAUUCCCUCAGUGUUUCCAUAUAUUUUUUUUCCUAAGUAUUUAAUAUAGCUCUUAUGGUGGUGGCCUGCUGAUGGGGACUGUCUUUCCUUUAUUGAUACAUGACCAACCAAAUGGUAUCUUCAAGGGAAUUUUUAGAUCCAUCUUUUCAGUUUGGUAGUAGACUAAUUAAAGAAGAACUCCUUCAUGACUUGCAUCGUGUAAAUCAUCUCUGUAGAUGAGAACUGUUCCUAUUGAUGAACACAUUUUUUUCUCGACAUUGUAGCAGAAGUCAUUUCCUUCGUCAUAAUCAAUGAAUGUGUGGUUUGCUCCACAUCAUUAGCAGGAAAAGUAAGAUUUCAGUCAUUGAAAAUGUUUCUACCGUAGCCCUAAUCUAACUUACACGUGGUGCAUAUUCAAAUAAGCAGAGAAAAAAAUACAAAUAAACUGCUGAAAACACUUGGUGUUUUGUAUUCAGUGAGACCUUCUCGCAAUGCCCAGCACCCCCAUGGGUGGUGGUUAACAGGCCCGUCAGAUAUUGUUGAAAGAAAGCAAUAUAUCCACGAAUGAAGGCUAAAAUUGGAAUCCCUCACCCUUUGAGGCAUUUUUCAGUUGGAAAAAAAAGAAAAGAGAAGAAAAAUUGGUUUAGCGUAGAGGGUCACGGAGCCACUGUGUGACCAAGGCUCACGCACAUUAAAUCACGGUCGUUUGCUGACCAACGGCGCCCAUUAGACAACUCUGUACCCCGCGCUGAAGUGCUAUGGUGCUUGAGGGACAGCUUUCCUAAUAUUACUGUGUUGCUGCUAGCCCUUCUCAGGGUAAGGAUCUGUCAGCAUAUCCAUGAUAAACUUCUGUUUUCAAAGGUUUUUAAUUUGACCAUAAAAAGGGGCCCCAGGCUGAAGUCUGCUCUAUAGGGCCUGCACCAAAGAAUGAAGGUUUCACUCCCUACUCUUUUCUGCCUAAUUCUCCCUAGAAAAGGGCAAGAACAACAACAAAAAAAAUUGGGCUGUGUCCCCAUCCUCACUGUAAGUUCAGAAUUUAUGAAAGCACCAAGAUCCAAGAUGGUAGUUUUAAUGUAAUGAUUCAUUUGGAUGUGGGUUAAAAAAAAAUCAAUGAGUCACCUGGUAUACACUGUAGAUGACGUAUCUUUUCUAUAAUUUGUAAAUCAUUGUUGUUGUUUUUUAAACUGCUACAUGAUUUUUUUAAAAUUUUGGUCCAAAGAGCUCUAAAAACUUGAAGCUGGUCGGUUCAAAGGUUAGCCUUUCCUGCGUGUUGUCUGCCAUUUCCGUUAGGAGUUUAGGGAAAAUACUCUCAGACCGACCCUUACUUUGCAUGGAGUGAUAGAGGGUCGGAUAUAUGCGUCUGUUGGAGAUAUGGGUUUCUUUAUUUAAUCAUCAUGAAGCCAUUCUUGUCUGUUGGGGACAACAGUGAUUAAAAGCACUUCCAAAAUUAACAUUUUGUCAGUUCAGAUAUGGUAAGAGCAUAAAUUAACACACUUUACACUUUUUUUGUUGUUGUUUAAAGGUAAAUAAAUCAACAAAACUUGAAGACACUAAACAUUUGAUUACUGCAAAUGUGCUUUAAAAUUGGCUCAAUGGUGCUUAUACAUAAAACAGUAACAAAUGGGGUUCCUAGGACUGUCAGAAGGAAUCUUUAAUUUGUAUGUAAUUACAUACUUGAGGAGGAGGUGCUUUUAAGCCAGUCUUUUAUUUUUUAAUCAUCUCAAAUAUGCAACCAUCCACCCAGUAACAUUAAGGGUCGUAAACUGGUGGGAAACAGGAAAUUCCGUGUAGAGGCUUAGAAUACCUUGGGUUAGAGUGGGGGGGAGGGGUUCUUCCCCUUUGGUUUUUUGUUGUCUGAUAGGCUUCGGCACUGGAGCUGCAGUGAUCAUUUUUCAGUGAUCGAGCUUCUAACUGGCAGGUGUUUUGAUCAUGAGGUUUGCAACAUCUCGCCCUCGGAGACAAGCGAGAAACCUAGUUUCCUUUUUCCCUAAAGGAAGAGCGAGCUCUGUAAUUAAACCGUACCUGUAAAUUUCCUCAACAUUGUCUUUUGGUCAGCUGAAUCGAGACCCUUAAUGUUGCUUUAAUGUAAAAUUGUAUAUUUUCGUCUGUGAUAUACUUUAUCAAUUUAAAGUAAAUAAUAGUUCUAAAAGCCUUCACUGUCAGUAUUAAGAGAAAGUAGGAUUUUAAAAGUGAUGAUAAAGAUGCUAUAAUGUCAAUUCAUUCCAGUCCAAUCGAAUGUGGUAAGAAAAAGACCUUGAAUAGUUCUCUAGGGACAAUUUCUCACUUGCCAUUGACAUUAAUCUUUGAUGUAUGCUCAGAAAAAAAUAAAAAGAAAUUGAAACUGGUCCAAGGUUAGAGUCAUAUCCUCAAUAACUAUUUUUUUAAUUUUAUUAGGAAAUUAAUAAUAGCCUUUUUCAUUCUGGCUGAAAGAAAAUUAUUAAAGGAUUAGUUGAGUGUGAAAUUAAAUAGUAUUUUGCUCAUGCAUACUAAAAAGGUGAGCCAGGUACUGGACGUGUUUAAACAAGUUUCUGAAAGGUUUCAAUUUGGUGCAAGAAAAAAAUUCAAUGUUUCCUUUGAAAAUACUGAAUUUAUCAAUUGCUGCAUGGAUCAGACGGCAUAGGUUAAUCUUUGAUUUUCAGAAUCUUAAUGAAAUAACUUUCCAACGAUUUGUAUCCAUGAUUAAAGCUGGAAUGAGAUCCAAUUUUUCCCCUAAUCUCUCAGUUUAAGCUAAUAAAUGUAGGUUAAUGUGGAAU